AUGUCAAAACUGAUGGUAGACGUACUGGUGACAGGGGCCAGCUCCGGCAUCGGCGCGGCCGCCGCCGUGCUAUUCGCGGAGCGAGGCGCGUGCGUCGCGCUCGUGGGCCGCAACCAUACCAAACUUGCCGCCGUCGCGCACCAGUGCGAGCAGCACGGAACAUAUCCGCUCACCAUUAUAGCGUACGUCGCUGACGACCAACAGGCCAACACCAUAGUUCAACAGACCGUUGAUAAGUUUGGACAAUUAGACGUGCUCAUCAACAACGUCGGUAUUGCUAUACCAGAUCCAUUACUCGGAAGAGACAUGCUACGCAUAUACGAUGCUGUCAUGCGGACGAAUUUCCGAGCGGCUAUCCAUCUUACAACACUAGCGGCCCCUCAUUUGAUAAAAUCGAAAGGUAACAUCAUUAACAAUUCCAGCGCUUCGGCUGUACCUGUUCCUAAAGUAUUACCUUUCACAUCUUACGCCAUCUCCAAAGCGGCAUUAGACCAUUUCACUCGCUGUGAUGCCUUGGAACUGGCGCCGGCAGUUAGAGUGAACAGCGUCAGUCCCGGUCCGGUGAAUACGGAUUGGAUUGAAAAUGCCGGACUAUCAAAUGACAGUGACAUAUGGGAUAAGAUGAGGGAAAGUACAAUUCUUAAUAAGGUCGCGGAGGCCGAAGAAAUUGCCGAGCUUAUGCUGUUUUUGGCAAGUGAGAAAGCGAAGAGCAUAACUGGAUCUAUUUACGUUUGUGAUAAUGGAUUUUUACUGAAAUAG